GCAAAUACUUUGUAUUCCCAUCGCAAAAUCUCUCUCACAUUUUCUGGGGCUUUCUUUCUGUGAUCAAUGGCUGAUAAGGAGGCUUUGAACCGGCAGCUUCUUCAAACUAUCCAUUCCUUCGAACAGGAAGGCUUGUUGAACAAAUUUUUCAUCACGGCUCGUUCACUGAAGGAUGUGAAUGGUCCUUACUCUUUUGUGGAGCUCAUUUCCACCUUCCGUACUGAGACCCAAUCUACCUUAAGAACUUUGACUCAAGAAAUGGACCGACCUGUUGUGAAUUAUGAUGAGAUGGAAGAAAGUUGUAUCAAAAUUAAAGGGAGUUCGUCAUGCAUUGGCAUACAUCGCAUGGCGCUUGCAUGUUGUGAUCUUCAGCGAGCUAUCUAUGACCAAUCCAAAGAAGCGUGCUUCUUGGCAUUGAACCGAGUAAAACAUGAAUUCUUCAUUCUGCAAGAUAAAUUUGAUACAAUUUGUCAGCUGGAGAGGAGAAUCAUCACUCUCGAACUGGAAGGACUGUGAUACAUUAAGAGCAGCUUGCUAUGGAAUAGUGCAAUAAAUGCAUCCUGUUUUACCACCUUCUUUCUUCUGGGACUCGGCAAGUAAGGAUGAGGCAGGUCCGGAUGUUAUUUUGGACUUUUCUUCUGGUUGAUGAAGUUCUCAUUUUUUGGACACAUAUUAAAUCAGGUUCGAGAAGGAUUCUUUAGCCACAUGCCUGAUCGGUUAAACACUAGAGAUCAUUGUUAUCUGGGUUGUUUCCAAAAGGACAUUGAUGAAGUUUGUAUUUUAUAUAUAUAAAUAUAUAUAUAUAUUUGAAAAAAUGACUUCAACUCG